AUGGCAAUGAGAAAAUUUUUAAUUAAUUAUAAGUAUUUAAAUAAUUAUAAAAAUCAAGCAGCUAGAUAUUUAACAACACCUAGUACUUCAAUCAAAAAUUCUGAUAUGUUAAAUGAAACAGCUACAGAAUUAGUUAAAUCAAUUGUUGAAGAAUAUGAAACUAAAGGAAAAAUAUUUACACUGCCUUGGGUGGAUCAACAUGCAAUUAAUUCAGCACUCUAUCCUUUCAAAGAAUUAUUAAAUCUUGGUAUUCAACCAGAAUUUUUAGAAGAUGCUUGUUUACACGAGGAAAAACUUUUUCGUUUAAUGAUUAAAAAUGGUCAAUCUAUUUAUAAAAUGCUUACAAUUUUUGUUGAGAAUUUUAUAAUGAAUUAUGAGGAUUCUAUUAGAAUGUUUGCAAAGUGGUGUGACUUACUUGAAAACGAAACUCCCCAAUCAAUCCAAAGCCGAAUUAAUUUAUUUAGUGGACGUGGACUAGCUUCAGGAAUUGGUUUAAGAAGAAUAUUCGAAAAAUGCCCAGAAUUAUUAUUUGGUUCUGAAGUGCAGAAAAUGGAUAUUUGUUUGGAGCAGAUUAGCAAUUUUUUUGAAUCUGGGGAUUUGAAAACAAUUGUAAAUAAUACUCCACAUAUUUGUUUGUUAGAUCCAACAGAAUUGGAAAGUAAAUAUGAGUACAUUUAUUUCCAUAUGGGUUUUGUCAGUGAAGAAUUAGCAAAAAGUAAAUGUUGGAUGGAUUUGGAUUUAUUUUCAAUAAUUGAUAGACAUUUAUUACUUUUAAAAACUGGAAAAUAUUUUUAUCCUGAUCCAAAAAGGCCACAAUUAAAAAAGGAAAAUCCAUCACCCGAAUUAAUUUUUGAUACGCCAGAAAAUAAAUUUGCCAGUUUGGUUGCUGGUGUUGAAUAUGGUAAAAAUUUUUAA